CGUCGGUCUCUGCGUGCAGCCGAACGCGCAGAGUUCAACGGAUCGCUCACUCUUCGCGGCGACUCGUCAGAGGCAGAGAGGGACGUUUGCGGACACUUGACAGCUUCCAGAGACUGCUAUGACAUCUCGCAGGUGGUUCCACCCCAACAUCCCCGGAAUCGAGGCAGAGCAGCUCCUGUUGACACGGGGCGUCCACGGCAGUUUCCUGGCCCGGCCGAGCAAGAGCAAUCCGGGGGAUUUCACCCUCUCUGUCCGGCGCGACGAUGAGGUGACCCACAUAAAGAUCCAGAACUCGGGCGACUACUACGACCUGUACGGAGGCGAGAAGUUUGCCACGCUGGCCGAGCUGGUGCAGUAUUACACGGAGCAGCAGGACCUCCUGCGCGAGAGGAACGGCCAUGUCAUCGAGCUCAAGUACCCGCUUAACUGCCAGGACCCGACGUCUGAGAGGUGGUACCACGGGCACCUGUCUGGGCGAGAUGCGGAAAAACUACUCACGGACAAAGGCAAGGCCGGAAGCUUCCUGGUCCGGGAGAGCCAGAGUAAACCGGGCGACUUUGUUCUGUCAGUUCUCACCAAUGAGGAGAAACACGAGAACGUGGACCGCAAGACCAAGGUCACCCACGUCAUGAUACGCUACCAGCAGGACGGUAAAUACGACGUGGGCGGCGGCGAGCGGUUCGACACGCUGGCCGACCUGGUGGAUCACUACAAGAAGAACCCCAUGGUGGAGAAAAGUGGCAUCGUAGUGCACCUCAAGCAGCCCUUCAACGCCACCAGGAUAAACGCAGCCAACAUUGAGAACCGGGUACGAGAGCUCAACAAAGUAGCAGACAACUCUGAAAAACCCAAACAAGGAUUCUGGGAGGAAUUUGAGGUACUUCAGCAGCAGGAGUGCAAGCUGCUGUAUCCCCGGAAAGAAGGCCAGAAGCCAGAAAACAAGAGUAAAAACAGAUACAAGAACAUCCUCCCCUUUGACACAACUCGGGUGGAACUCCAGGAGGUAGAUCCAGAUGUUCCUGGUUCGGACUACAUCAAUGCCAACUGCAUCAUAAGUAUGCAUGAAGAGGGACGCCACGUGGAUGAGGGCAAAAUCUUUAUCGCCACCCAAGGGUGCCUACAGAAUACGGUGGUUGACUUCUGGAAGAUGGUGUAUCAGGAAAAUACACACGUCAUCGUCAUGACUACAAAGGAGAUGGAGCGAGGGCGGAACAAAUGUGUCCGUUACUGGCCCGAUUUGCACGGCAGUAAGGAAUUCGGGAAGGUGCUGGUGAGGAACGUGGACGAGCGGCCUGCACAAGACUACAUCCUGAGGAAGCUGGAGGUUACCCGUCUGGACCGGAAGGAGCCUCUGAGGUACAUCUGGCACUACCAGUACCUGAGCUGGCCGGACCACGGGGUGCCCAAUGAGCCCGGCGGCGUCCUCUGGUUCCUGGAGGAGGUCAACCGCACCCAGAGCUCCGUUCCAGACACCGGACCCAUCGUCGUCCACUGCAGUGCAGGCAUCGGCAGGACAGGCACCAUCAUCGUCAUUGACAUCCUAAUUGACGUUAUUAACCGGCAAGGUCUGGAUUGUGACAUCGACGUCCCUAAAACCAUCCAGCGGGUGAGGCAGCAGAGGUCGGGCAUGGUGCAGACCGAGGCCCAGUACAAGUUCAUCUACAUGGCGGUGCAGCAGUACAUAGACACGGCUCAGAAGAGACUGGAGGAGGAGCAGAGGAAUAAGAUAAAGGAGAGAGAAUACUCCAACAUCAAAUAUCCCCAGAUGACCAACUCGAGGUCCAAGCCCAACAUGGCGUCGUCACGCUCUUCUUCCGUGAUGACAAAUGAGGAUUCAUCGAGUGUGUACGAGAACAUAAACUUUAAAAGCCCUCAGACGUCUUUUAGCAGCAACACCAGGAGAUAAAUCAAUGUUGACCUUCACAUCCGUCUGUCUGCCUCGCUCGGACAGGGAGCGCACGAUUGCCCCUCCGCUCCCCCUCCGUCGGCGGUUGUUUUGUCGUGUGAUCACCACACCUCAGAGACCCGUCCACAAAACACUGUCCGACAUGAAAACGGUCCGUGAGGCUAAAACGUUUGGGGACCCCCUGGCGUAGAUUGCCCUCCGGUACCCCGAGCGGUGCACGUACCCUCCCAUUUGGUAACCACUGCUCAAGAUAACCUGGGCGAUGUGGUGCAUGCUGGGUAAAUGCCGCCUCAUGAUUGACACCAGCUGUAAACUCCACUUGAUGAGCACGUCUGUUUGCUUCAGUUCCAGCGGAGACGUCGCCUCACCGGCGCCUGAAAAUCCCACGAGGGAGCGUGUUGCUCUGACCGCGCCCCACAUCAGUGGACCCUGCCUGGGCUGAAGGUGGUGAGCUGACCCCUCCCUCCUGCUGCCGUCCUGCUGGACAGAGCUUCCCCCUCGGGAGAGAGGAGGACUCUACAGCAUAGUGCUCUCGCUCAGGACCCUUUGUCCCCCACACUCCUCGCUCCCCUUUCCUCUCCAGCCUCUCUUCACCAACGCAAGUGCCUUGUCACAACACGUGUCUGUCAUCCGGCCCCCACGUAACCUCCAAAUCCCCGGAACCCGGUUUAACGUGAGAAACCAGAGGGGUUUGGAACAUGGAGUCCGUCCCGGCCUGAACCGGACAAAAGCGCGCGGCACCCGGGAACUGUUCAACGCCGACCUUCUUGUCUGCACGAGGUCUCUCUGUUUGCUCCCCCCGUUCCUCUGGCUUUGCUGGCUUUCAUUUGAACUCCGACCCCAAAGACGUUGUUUUUUGCGGCAUUCUAGCUGUCCAGCUGUGGCGGUUAUUAAUGUCGCUGCUGAUUGAUGGCAGGGCCGUUAUGUAAUCUGCUUACAGGACCCCGAGGCUCAGGAAAGGCAAGCGAGCCCUCUUCAAACCAAUCCACGUGAUUAUUUCAGGUAGUUUCUUACAAUAUACUUUUUGAAGAUGCGACUGGUUUUGUUGCAGAACAGAACUUGAGGUUUGAGGUUUGGUUACGUCCACAUCAGUCCUUCUGUCAUCGGAACGAGAUCUCCAGCCGGUCCCCCUUUAAGUGCAAACUCAUCCAUGAAAAUGUUAAUUGGCUUGUUUUUUCAUCAUCAUUUCUUGUGGUUUUAUUUGAUAUUGCCUGUGUUGCGUAUUAAUGUAUUUUCAAGUUGCCGUUUGACGGGGAGCAGGUGGAGAGGACUGCUGGGCGGGCGUGUGGAGUUUAGGACGGCUUACCCAGUUAAUCAGCAGGUCUGAUGCAGUCCAACAUCUGUCAGAGGGGAUCGUCACGAGGAGACAAGGGGAAGGGGGCGAUUACAGCGGGCCAGAUGGCCAUCGCCCGAGAUUGAAGAAUAGAUUUGACUCCAAAAAGUAAUUUAGAAGAUGGCCAUAAUCCGGCCUUGAUGAUCGUCACCGCAGCGAUAACGAGGGCGGCGGUGCCGCGGAGCACUGAGCCCUCGCCGCUGUCUGGCAGAUUGUUUGCUAUUUUUAGCCUCCGGGAUCGGCACUAAAAUAUCCGCGGAUGUGUCUGCGAAACCAGAACGAGCUCUUUUAAAAAUCAUGACGUCAUCUCCCACAUAACCUUUUUUUAAAAUGCACGAUGUCUCUUAAGAAAGGAAGAGUUUGUGAUCGUGGAAAGCAUCAAAAGAAACCAUGAAUAGGAAGUUUCAGCUGUUCCCACCAUUCCUCUUCCUGCACAAAGUGAAGUGUUUCACUCCCCAGGUCGAGGACACGCCUCGAUUCCUCCGGCAGUUUGUGCUGCUGAUUUUAAAACGCAGCUCGCUGUAAUUCAAAUGUAUUGAAAUAAUCGUACUACUCAGUCAUUGCACUCUAAUGAACAGUAAUUGGAUACUGUUUAAUACUUGUGGGGUAUAUUAAUAUAAUGCAAUAUUGUAACCUGCAGCAGCCAUAUCAUCCCGCGUGAAGAGCGAGCUCCGUCUUUUAAAGGCUUACAAAAGCACAGUGAUUUCAUCAAGUUUCUGUAGGAUAAGAUUCACUUGUCCGUCAGCAGAGAGUGUUUCCCCGGUAUAGAUUGUUGCCAAUAUGUGUUUUAAUGGUUGAUUCCUUUGGUGAAUAAAAGCUGUUUUAUGAUGUGAUGGUUGCCCCGUGUCAGUGAAGGCCUGUGUCUGUCUCCAAAUAAAUGCUGCACCCCUUUGAGUACUUUUGGUUGAACAUAAACAAUAGAGAUGUGUGGAUCCGUCGGGUUCCUCCAUCUGGUCCUUUUCUUUUCUCAGCUGUGAUCUUUGUCCACAAAAUGACGGAGACUUUUGUAGUUUUUGUGUUUCUGAACCAUCUUGAGUUGUAGACUAUUGUUGAUUUUCAUUGUAUUUCAUGGGGCUAUUUUCUUUUAUAAUAUGUUGAUGAAACGUCGUGAAUACUUGAAAGUGUAAAACUGCUGAAUAUUCGGCCUCAGGCUGCGUGUGGACGUCCAUCGGUUGCUGUAUGUUGGUAGUGCACUAGACUCUUGGUUUCAUUUCAAAUCGUUGUUUUUUUAAAUUGAAUGUUUUGUCUACUCUUGCAUUUUGUAUUGUCUGAACUAGUAUUAUUAUUAUUAUUAUUGGUGUAAUUUCACCGUUGAUAAGUACAUUUUAGCUCCGAGUUAAAACGGCGUACGUUUCUUUCUGCUUGUCCUCUUCCAUUUACUUGAACAUAAUGUCCACGUCUCUGUUCCCUUUCCCUGUUGGCAGUGAGUAGUGAUGUACUCAGCGCUCAAAUGUUGUCCAGGAGACUCCUCCCCUUUUUCCUCUCCUCGCACUGGCUCCGCCCAGACGCCUUUUUUUUGGUGGUAAAGGCUACAACUGCUGAUGCAAUGAGCGGCCAGAAAUGGAAUUAAGGUGGUUUAUUAUCAAAUAGUUUAAUAAAAUCUAUGAUGGCACAAUGUUAAGUCA